AUGGUGGCGUCAUGGCGCGCGCUAGCGCUGCUGGCGGCGCUGCACGUGUGCGCGGGGCUCCCGGAGCCCGUGUACCACAACCAGUUCGCCGUGCACGUGCCGGCGGGACCCGAACACGUGGAUGACAUCGCGAGAAGACACGGCUUCGUAAACCAUGGACAGUCAAGAAGUUUAUUCAUUAACAAUGUUAACAGUAGUUUUGAUUUAAAAAGUAAACUUUAG